CUCUACAAAAUUGGAGCCCCUCUCCGUCGAUUUUAGACUUGUGCGUAAUUGCACACACCCGGGCAACCGCACAGGCGGACACCGUAUUUCCGCUCAUUGCCUCCAAUUCCAUAGCCAGCAAGCCGCGAGGAUCCAACCAGUGAACACCACCAAAAAGAUGCAAUCUCUGUCGUUGAAGGUGAGCAAGAGGCUCUCCACCUCCAAGCCUCUCUUCGGAAUCUCAUCCAACCUCGUUCCUCACGCAUCUUCGUCAAUCACCACCACCUCCUCUUCCUCCAAUCCGCCACCUUCUCCACCGGUCCACUCCGCCGUCGGAAACGGAGGAUCCUGGCCUUCCUCCGCUCUCCACAGCUUGCUCCGCGCUCCGUGGUCCGCCAAUCAAAGCCGCGGAAUCACUCUCCCCGGAUCUGACGUUAGAGCUGCGAACUCCAUUCGGAUCCAAGGAGGCAUUCAUGAGGUUCUGCUUCACAGAGCAGCUAGUUAUGCAACUGCUGCUACUACAGGGGAUGCCAUAAAAAGGGUGGUACGAGACAGUGGAUUGAGGAAGGAAGGCCCAAAGACAAAGAGAGAGCAGCUGCUAAAAGCUACUGCAGUUGCCCCACUUGUUAUGAUAUACCCCAAUGCCUAUUCCUUGUUCGCGGGAAAUCUCUCCAUCUUUUGGCACAUGCAUGCGGGUAUUGAAGAGAUCUUUGCAGACUACAUCCACCACGAAAUGACCAGAACUUUCAUGGAGAUAUCUCUGAGAUUGUUCCUGAUAAUUGCAGCGAAAGAUGUUUUCUUGAAUCUUGUGUUCGUAUAAUCAGCUAGCUGAUGCAUGGGUCUAUUUGCCUUCACAAUAAAAGCUAGUUGAGGAGCAAGCUUGAGAAAACCGUUUCUGGCCGUGUUUUUCAUACUUAGAGGUGAGACACUUAUUUUCCCUUUACAAAUAUGUGUUUGUUACCGAGUAAUUGUGGUGAUUGAUACUGAAAUAGUUCGACUAGUUUUCAGUCGUUUCUCUAGCACUUGCAUUUCAGCUGCAAUUAGUCUUUGCAUAUAAUAACGGUUUCUUGACCGACCAAUCAAACAUUCAUCUAGUAAAAUUAGAGUCAAAUU